AUCUUGUGGGAGCGAAACCAACGCCUGCCUCCGAGCAGCAGCAGCGCCGCGGCCGCCGAGGUACAGUGCAAGCCCAUGCCCUCCUCUGCCUGGAUUGCAGUGAGAGCCCUUGGUUCUGUUGCUCCAGAAAGGCCCCUUGACUCCUGCAGGGCUGAGCGUUUCUCUGGCCAUUGUUGCUCCCACCAGUCUACAGCAUGGGGAAUAUCUUUGCGAACCUCUUCAAGGGCCUUUUUGGCAAGAAAGAAAUGCGCAUUCUUAUGGUGGGCCUGGAUGCUGCGGGAAAGACCACCAUCCUGUACAAGCUGAAGCUGGGUGAAAUUGUGACCACCAUUCCCACAAUAGGCUUCAACGUGGAGACUGUGGAGUACAAGAACAUCAGCUUCACCGUGUGGGACGUGGGCGGCCAGGACAAGAUCCGGCCUCUGUGGCGCCACUACUUCCAGAACACACAAGGUCUCAUCUUUGUGGUUGACAGCAAUGACAGAGAGCGUGUGAACGAGGCCCGCGAGGAGCUCAUGAGGAUGCUGGCAGAAGAUGAGCUCAGGGACGCAGUUCUGCUCGUGUUUGCUAACAAACAGGACCUCCCCAAUGCCAUGAAUGCAGCCGAGAUCACGGACAAGCUGGGCCUACACUCUCUGCGCCACAGGAACUGGUACAUUCAGGCCACCUGUGCCACCAGCGGGGACGGGCUCUAUGAGGGACUGGACUGGCUGUCCAAUCAGCUCCGGAACCAGAAGUGAGCUGUGCUCCUCUCUCCUCCCCUCUCACUCCCUCCUUCUACCCUCGCUUUACUCUCAUGUGGCAAACGUGCCCCUGUGGUGUGAGUGCCAGAAGCUGUCUCCAUGGUUGGUCACAGUGUGCUUCACCAUGCUGUAAAUGUGCAGACGCAGCCUGCAACUGGGUUUUUAUUUAAUGUAAAUAGUUUUUGUUUCCAAUGAGGCAGUUUCUGGUACUCCUAUGCAAUAUUACUCAGCUUUUUUUAUUGUAAAGAAAAUCAACCCACUGUUUAGUACUGAGAAGGGAUUUUAGGCACACGGGUCAUCCAGGAGUCGCUGUUUCAGACGAGCCCAAUGCUCCUCCUCUGGGCUUUAGAUCUGUGUUGAGAUCCAUUUUGGUGGUUGGUUUUUAACCCAAACUCAGUGCAUUUUUUAAAAUAGUUACAAAUACAAGAUAAGGAGAACACUUGAACACACAGAAGGGAGAAAUGUGCCUAGUGUAGGUUCUGCAGUAAUGGCCUGAGCCCAGUCCACCAGUGGUCUUUUUCCCCUUGGGAACAUGAAACGGGGCAGAACCAGCCAUGAUCCAUUCUGCAUGGUCACAAUAGGGUCCCUGUGAUUCGCUCUGUCUCGGGUCACCCCACACCCCAUAGCGUUUGUGCUUGUGUUUGUGCUUACACAGCGGCCCAGGAGAUGGGCUGGAGGCUGCAGCCCCCGCUCUCAGACCCCCUGGAGAGACCCCGGCCUUCUCUUGGGUCAGCACGGGCACUUGGGUCAGAACGCUCUCGCUGGCCUGCCCUGGGCCCUCUGGGGUCUCACCAGCAGGAGCGUGGGCAGUCACCCUAGAGCCCCAGCCCCUCAGAGCCCCUGUCUACAUGUGCUUUCACCCCCUCAGCCUGCAAGGGUCGGAUUUGCCAUUGAAAAUGAGAACCUCUACUUUUUUCUUUUGUAUUUUGAUAAACACUGAAGAAGCUGGAGCUGUUAAACUUUAUCUUGGGGAAAACCUCAGAACUGGUUUAUUUGGUGUCGUGGAACCUCUUACUGCUUUCAAUACACGAUUAGUAAUCAACUGUUUUGUAUACUUGUUUUCAGUUUUCAUUUCGACAAACAAGCACUGUAAUUACAGCUAUUAGAAUAAAAUCUCUUAACUAUUU